GGAGAAAUAGGCUUCCCUGGAAUGCUGGGACAAAAAGGAGAGAUGGGCCCAAAGGGACAAUCUGGAGUACCAGGACACAGAGGACCUAUAGGAAGACCCGGAAAACGAGGCAAACAAGGACUAAAGGGAGACAUUGGACCUGCGGGUAUCAUGGGUCCACCUGGAAGACCUGGUCCUUCUGGCCAGCCGGGCCCCCCUGGACCUUCAGGAUCAGGGCAAUUUGCAAUAGGACCAAAAGGGGAAAGAGGACUUCCAGGUCCCCCAGGCAGAUGUCUCUGCAGAUCCCCACAACAUGCGAAUAACCCGCCACAUGAGGAACCUGUAUUUGGACACAGUUAUCCAAAAGUCCCUGCGAUUUUUGUGGUGAAUAAUCAAGACGAAUUGGACCGGUUAACCACUGAAAAUGCCUUGGCUUUCAGAAGAGAUCAGAGAUCUUUGUAUUUCAAGGAUACCUUUGGAUGGCUCCCAGUCCAGCUCACCCCUUUCUAUCCCGUGGAUUACCGCUUCGAGCCUGGCAGCACCUGCGGAGAUGGGAUCAUACAGGAUGGGGAAGAGUGCGACGAUGGCAACGCAGUUGUGACUGAUGACUGUAUAAGAUGCCGCCGUGCUUACUGUGGAGAUGGCUACAGACACGAAGGAGUUGAAGACUGCGAUGGGAAAGAUUUUGGAUAUUUGACAUGUAAAACGUAUCUCCCCGGGUCUUACGGAAAAUUGCGAUGCACUUCUUACUGCUACAUUGACUCUACACAGUGUCGAUAUUUCACAUGA